AUGUAUUCACUGGAGAUGGGUGUUUAGAGGGAAAAUAUAAAAUGGAGAUAGACAGUACAGUAAAGCCAGUACAGCUACCAAAGAGACGUGUACCAGUGGCUUUAAUGAAACCGCUUAAAGAAGAAUUACAAAACCUACAACAGAGAGGGAUAAUCACACCUGUGGAAUGCAGUACAGAAUGGAUCAGUGCCAUGGUGGUUGUCCAAAAACAAAAUGGCAAGCCUAGAGUGUGUAUCGAUCCCAAACCUUUGAACAAAGCGCUAAGGCGUAGUCACUUUCCACUGCCAACUAUUGAGGACAUUCUACCAGACCUGUCGAAAGCUAAAGUGUUCACAGUGUGCGACGUCAAGAGUGGAUUUUGGCAUGUACAGCUGGAGGAGGAGUCCAGCUAUGUGACGACGUUUGCCACUCCAUUUGGUCGGUAUAGAUGGCUGAGGAUGCCAAUGGGGAUAAGUACAGCCCCAGAAAUCUUUCAGAGAAAACUGAUGCAAGCACUAGACAAUAUGCCUGGACUGUACAUCAUAGCGGAUGACAUUCUGAUCACAGGGCAGGGAGAGACGGAAGAGGAGGCAGAGCAAGAUCACGACAGAAAAUUGAAGCAGUUUUUGGACAGAUGCAGAGAAAAGAAUAUAAAACUGAAUGCAGACAAGUUCAGAUUGAAGCAGAAGGAGACUACAUACAUCGGACACCGCCUGACUGCUGAGGGCCUCAAACCAGACCCAGAAAAGGUGCGUGCUGUUGAGCAGAUGCCAGCGCCGACAGAUGUGAAAGCAGUGCAAAGACUGAUAGGUAUGGCUAAUUACUUAACCAAGUUUUGCCCUCACCUGUCAGAUCACUGUAAAGUGUUAAGAGACUUGACACACAAGGAUAGUGAGUGGACGUGGAAUGCAGAACAAGAGGAGGCGUUCCUUAAUCUAAAAAAGACAAUAACAAAUGCCCCUGUGUUAAAGUACUAUAACCCAGAAGAAGAGCUGACAUUGCAGAGUGACGCAUCAGACACAGGAUUAGGUGCAGCACUGAUGCAAAUGGGCAAGCCAGUUGCUUUUGCUAGUAGAGCACUAACAAAAACAGAACAAGGAUAUGCACAGAUAGAAAAGGAGUUUCUGGCAAUGGUCUUUGGCCUGGAGAAAUUUCAUCAGUACACAUAUGGCCACAAAGUGACUGUUCAGAGCGAUCACAAGCCAUUAGAAACCAUAGUGCGAAAACCAUUGCUGAGUGCUCCCAAAAGGCUGCAGGGUAUGAUGCUGCGCAUACAGAAAUAUGAUACAGAAGUCUUGUAUGUGCCAGGAAGGGAUUUAGUGCUAGCAGACACCCUUAGCAGAGCCUAUCCUCUGGAGGACGUACCUGUGGAGGCUGAGCUAGAAACAGUUAACAUGGUACAACAUCUACCGAUCUCAGCAGACAGACUACAGGAGAUAAAGACAGCCACAGAACAGGAUAAAACACUGCAGCUUCUCAUCAACACAAUGACAUGGGGAUGGCCAAAGAACAAGCUGCAUGUGCCAAGUGAAAUCAGGCCUUAUUUUUCAUUCCAAGAGGAACUCAGUCACCAGCAUGGGAUAGUCUUCAGAGGGGAGCGUGCAGUUAUACCAGAUGCCAUGAGAACCGAAAUCACCAGCCGUAUACAUGCAUCGCACCUGGGUGUCGAAGGAUGUCUUAGAAGGGCAAGAGAGUGCGUUUACUGGCUAGGCAUGAAUGAGCAGAUUAAACAGUACAUAGCGAAGUGUGACAUUUGCCGGUCCAUGGAUGACAAACAGCAAAAGGAAACACUAAUACCACACGAAGUGCCAAACAGGCCAUGGGCUAAGGUGGGCACAGACCUGUUUAUGUUUGACAACAGGGAUUACCUCAUCACAGUGGAUUAUUUCUCAAAUUUCUGGGAAAUAGAUUACUUGGCCGACACAAAAUCAACCACGGUGAUAAAGAAACUUAAGGCUCAUUUCGCCCGUCAAGGUAUACCAGAUAUAGUGAUUUCAGACAAUGGCCCACAAUAUGUGUCACAAGAAUUCAAAAAGUUUAGCCAACUGUGGGGAUUUCAACAUAAGACCUCAUCUCCAGGUUAUCCCCAGAGCAACGGCAAAGCAGAAUCAGCUGUUAAGACAGCAAAACGACUUCUGCACAAAGCCAAAGCCGCAGGACAGGACCCCUAUCUUUCCUUGCUGGACCACCGUAACACACCGUCGCUGGGCCUGAACACCAGUCCAGCACAAAGACUGCUCAGUCGGCGCACCAAAACAUUGCUACCAAUGAAAAGUAGCUUGCUGAAACCAAGGGUUGUUCAAGUUCAACAGGAACUGAUGAACAGGCAAACACAUCCAAGCACCUACUACAACCGCUCAGCCAAGGAUCUGCCUGUGCUUAAAAGUGGGGACUCAGUGAGGAUACAGCCGUUCCCACCACAGACCGUCUGGAGAUGCGGCAAGGUGCUGUCGCGGAUCGAUGAAAGGUCCUAUGAGAUACAACUGCAAUCUGGGAGUGUCAUCAGGAGAAACCGCAGACACCUCAGACUGGUUCCGGAAAGGGCAGUCAGGGACCCCGUUGAUGUGGACAUCAACUUCCCAAUUCAGGCAGAGGUUACAGGACAGGGUCAGGCAGGGUCUGUCCAUCCUCCGCACAGGGUUUUAGACCACACACCAAAGGACAUUGGUAGCGGAGAGACCACUGUCACAACCAGAGCAGGUCGCACAGUCAAGAUGCCACAACACUAUAAGGACUAUGUCCUGUCACACAGAUAAAUUACUCAGUGUUGCUCAUGGCCUUUGGGGGGUUUACAUCAAAAUGGGGAAAAUGACAAUAAGUGUUCAAAACAGAAAAAGGACAAUGGAAUAUGUUUAUGUUAAUAAUUACCUGUUAUAAAGAAAUGCACUCUGAACUGAAAAAAAAAAAAAAAAAAUGUACUGUAUAUGUUGAAAUGGGGAUGAGCUAUGUUCAGGCUCGGAAUGAUGCGAGUCAUGUGACAGUCAAUGUUUUGUUUUGAAUUUUUUCAGAGGUACUAGUCAGAUGUUGAAAUUAAGGGGAAGCUGUAAUUCUGAAAAGAAAAGGGAUGUUACAAUAGGAACUACUGUUUGUAUAGGUGAAGCGCUCGGACAGUUUUAGGGGCCGG